CUGUGUGUGUUUCACUAAUUCACGGAUGGGAUAAGUGCAGGGGCCAAAUUCCUGGUAUACGCAAGUAUACUUGGACUAUAAACCUGAAUUAUGUUUUCAUCCAGUUUUCAGUAGCAAUAAACAAACUAUUACACUUGGUAGAGUGCAUACCUCAGUCCCCUUUGAUACUUUAUCUGAGCAUAAGGGGAAGUUAAAGUAAUACUCAUCUCAGCGAAAGCUAAACUAAAUGUGUGCCGACAGCCAGUUAGUCAGAUCUGCUCCCAAAUGUAAGGUUUUAUUUUUAUCUUGCUGCUCAUGCUGCUCCUCACUACUAAGAUUUCAUGAAAAUUGGUUUAGAUUUUCACAAAAUCUCUCUUUCCCAGUUUGUGUGAAAUCCUGUGAACAAAUCAACUAACCAAAAAAUAGAUGGCCAUGGGAAGAAAUAUAACCUGAUUGUGGAGGUCUUUGUGUAUGUGACAUUUUUGAACAGGGAGUGUUACCUAGAGAAAAUCAUGAGCCUGACUUUGUUUAUUAUGGACAGAAAAGUUACCUAACGUGCAUUCUAACGUCUUUGAUGAGUAUUUAACUUCUUUGAAAAGCCUGUGUGUACACUGCGUUGGCUACGCUUAUACAAAUAUUACAUGACCGAGGGAUGGGAGGAUGGGUGGAGUCCGGGUGGAGGCAGUGCACUUUCAUAACCUGGGGGAACUUUAAAUAGCGGAAGACUGGAGGACAAAAAUAAACAAAACUUCUCCCAGGCUAACGACACCCACUGGAGAAAAUGGUCUACGGAGCAGGAAUAGUUGUGUUUGUGUUCGCCCUGGCAGUGGAGGCCAAAGUUGGUGAUUCUAGUGAGUCCAGCUUCUGCACAGAGUCAAAGGAAUGUCUUCUGUAUAACCUCACUUGCACUGGGAACGGCUAUGAGGUGCGCAGGUACGAGGAGACCAAAUGGGUGUCUGUCGACGUGGAAUCCGCCUUCAUGGAAAUGGCCAUCAGCAAAGCUUUCUGGAAACUCUUCAGAUACAUCAUGGGAUCCAAUGAUGCUGGCAUGAAGAUUGACAUGACUGCGCCCGUUAUCAUCAAAGGCCCGGACAGCAGAAGCAUGUUGCAGUCAUCAGGCUUUACCAUUAGCUUCCUGCUGCCGUCCACCUUCCAGCUCAAACAGACUCCUAUUCCCAACCCCACUGAAAGCAGCGUUUACCUCAGUGAGACGCCUUCAAUGCAGGUUUAUGUGAAGAGCUAUGGGGGCUGGAUGUCAUUUAUUUCCUCAAGGAUGCAGUCUAGUGCGCUGAGGAUGGCUCUGCGUGCUGCUGGUGCGUCCUACACCACUGGGUUCCACUAUGAUGUUGGCUAUAACAGCCCUAUGAAGAUGACAGACAGGCACAAUGAGGUGUGGUACUUAGUGGAGGGAAAGCCUGUGUGUUCGGCUGUAUGAAAACUCUCACGAGAGGGAGUUGACACCGAGGAGGGAGCUCUUUCCACAUGUUAAAUCAGCUAACUACUUGAUGUUACAGGGACUAUUCAUUAAGCCAUGUCUUCUGUAGAGGGUAUAGUAUGACCCCAUACACUAGUCCUGUUUUAGGACCGUUUUUUCCAAAUGUAUUCAUCUUAUUCACACGGCGGCCAUUGUGUAAACCAAAACGAGGCUACAGUUUACACUUAUUAUAUCAUCAUUGCAUUUUCGCCACCUACUGGCGAAUGUAUAGAACACAACAAUCCUAUGGUUGUGUACCCUGUAGCCUCGUUUUGGUUUAUAAUGGCCGCUGCGUGAAUAAGUCGAAUAGUCUUGAUAGUUCAGACUGAUUUUGAUAUUCAUAACAUUGCAACACUGUAUUUUGUUGGGAACAAAAUAAAUGUUUUGUCAUUUCUUUAGCAUUA